AGUGAGUCGACUCGUUCGAGCGGAUCAGCAUCAGUGUGCUUACACUGUCAGCUGUCACCCAAAGCCAAGCGUUUCGCUGUUUAUUUUUCGUCUGAUAAGAACUGAAAACACAGACUAACACUGAAGAGCUUACAGUAGCCCCCUUCAGGACGGACCCUCUGGUUUUCGACCCUUUGCAGCGGGAAAGCGGAUCAACUCUUGUAAUAUGAGCUCAGUGGCUGUAUUGACUCAGGAGAGUUUUGCUGAGCACCGUAGUGGGCUGAAGGACACUGAGAUCACAGGUGGUGUUCCUGAGGAUGAAGCAUACAUUCCCACCUACCUGGAGGCUUUUCCUCCUUUGCCAGACAAAGGCGCUCCAGGGGAGAGAUCAGGAGAGCCAGCAGGUGCUUGGAGCAAAAUUCGACCCAUCAAAGCCUCGGUCAUCACGCAGGUUUUCCAUGUUCCACUGGAGGAGCGACGGUAUAAGGACAACAGUCAGUUUGGAGAAGGUGAGGAGGCUAAGGUGUGCUUAGACAUCAUGCAGAAGACUGGAGCUCACAUUGAACUCUCUCUGGCUAAAGACCAAGGCCUUUCCAUCAUGGUGACUGGAAAACUAGAUUCAGUCAUGAAAGCACGGAAAGAAAUUGUGGCCCGACUCCAAACCCAGGCCUCGGCCACUGUCGUCAUUCCGAAGGAACAUCAUCGCUUUGUGAUUGGGAAGAACGGGGAGAAGCUGCAAGAGUUGGAACUGAAAACAGCCACCAAGAUCGCUAUUCCCCGUCCUGAUGACCCCAGCGCCAACAUACGCAUUACAGGCACCAAAGAGGGCAUUGAGAAAGCCAGGCAUGAGAUCCUUCUCAUCUCUGCAGAACAGGACAAGCGUGCAGUGGAGCGUCUGUCUCUGGAGAAAGCCUUUCACCCAUUCAUUGCUGGUGCAUACAACCGGCUUGUCCAGGAGCUAAGCCAAGAGACGGGCGCUCGCAUCAGCAUCCCACCCCCCAGCCUGCUGAAGGAAGAGAUUGUCAUCACUGGGGAGAAGGAGGCAGUUGCCAUGGCGAUUGCCCGCAUCCGUGCCAUCUAUGAGGAGAAGAAGCGAAAAACAACCACUAUCUCAGUAGAGGUGAAGAAGUCACAGCACAAGUACAUAGUGGGGCCAAAAGGCAACACAUUACAGGAGAUCAUGGAGAGCACUGGAGUGUCCGUGGAGAUGCCGCCGCUGGAUUCUGGCUCUGAGACCAUCAUCCUCAGAGGGGAGCCGGACAAACUGGGCCCGGCCCUAACCCAAGUUUAUGCUAAGGCUAAGAGUGUAAUGGUGGUGGAAGUGACUGCGCCAGCAUGGCUUCAUCGAUUCAUCAUUGGCAAAAAAGGACAAAACAUCAGUCGCAUCACACAGCAGCUCCCCAAGGUACACAUAGAGUUUACGGAUGGAGAGGAGCGGAUCAGUCUGGAAGGCCCAACAGAGGAGGUGGAACAAGCUCAGGCCCAAAUACAGGAGAUUAUUAAAGACCUGAUGGCGAGGAUGGACUACACUGAGAUUAAUAUUGACCAGCGUUUUCACAGGCACCUCAUUGGCAAGAAUGGUGCUAAUAUAAACCGCAUCAAGGAGCAGUACAAAGUGUCAGUCCGGAUUCCUCAGGACUCAGACAGGUGCGGCCUGGUUCGUAUUGAGGGAGACCCUCAGGGAGUGCAGCUGGCACGCAGGGAGCUGGUGGACAUGGCCCAGCGCAUGGAAAACGAGCGCACCAAAGACCUGAUCAUAGAGCAGAAGUUUCAUCGUACCAUCAUCGGCCAAAAGGGUGAGAAGAUCAAAGAAGUGCGAGACAAGUUCCCAGAGGUCAUUAUCAACUUUCCAGACCAGUCUCAGAAGAGUGACAUUGUGCAGCUCCGUGGACCCAAGAAUGAGGUGGAGAAAUGUGCAAAGUUUCUACAGAAACUUCUGGUUGAGCUGAUUGAAAGCAGCUACUCAAUAUCUGUGCCCAUCUUUAAGCAGUUCCACAAAAAUAUUAUUGGCAAAGGAGGUGCCAACAUCAAAAAGAUUCGUGAAGAGACCAACACAAAGAUUGAUCUCCCCACGGAGAACAGUGACUCUGAGAUGAUUGUGAUCACUGGCAAAAAGAGCAACUGUGAGGCUGCACGGGACCGGAUCCUUGCCAUCCAGAGAGACCUGGCAAACCUCAAGGAAACAGAGGUGACUAUCCCAGCUAAGCUGCAUAACUCUUUGAUUGGGUCAAAGGGCUGUCUUGUGCGUUCAGUGAUGGAGGAGUGUGGAGGUGUACACAUUCACUUUCCUGCUGAAGGCUCAGGGGUGGACAAGGUCACCAUCCGAGGCCCUGCAGGAGAGGUGGAGAGAGCCAGGAGACAGUUACUACAGCUUGCUGAGGAGAAGCAAGUCACCAAUUUCUCAGUAGAGCUUCAGGCCAAAGCCGAGUACCACAAGUUUCUGAUAGGCCGAGGAGGAGCGAAUAUUCGGCGUGUACGUGACCGAACGGGGGCUCGCAUCAUCUUUCCCUCGCCUGAUGAGCCAGAGCAGGAGCGCAUCACAAUUGUGGGUCGAGAGGAAGCGGUGAGGCUUGCCCAGAAAGAGCUGGAGACCCUCAUCAAAAACCUGGAGGAUGUGAUUGAGGACAGUAUGGUUGUUGACCCACGACAUCAUCGUCACUUCGUUUGUCGGCGAGGGCAGGUCCUAAGAGAGCUUGCUGAGGAGUAUGGUGGGGUUGCUGUUAGUUUCCCUCGUACAGGCACACACAGCGACUGCAUCACUCUCAAAGGAGCCCGAGAGUGUGUGGAUGCUGCCAAGAGGCGCAUUCAGGAGAUCAUUCAGGAUUUGGAGUCUCAGGUGAGUGUGGAGGUGGUGGUUCCACAACGUUUUCACAGGGCAGUGAUGGGACCUAAAGGCUGCAGGAUCCAGCAGAUCACCCGAGAGCAUGAGGUCCAAAUCAAAUUUCCAGAGAGAGAAGAGUCUGCAACUCAGGAUGCUUGUCCUGUAGAGAAUGGUAGCACCAGCCCAGAGGCAGACUCUGUGCCUCGCAAGUGUGACAUAAUCACUGUGAUUGGACGGGUGGAGAAGUGUGAACAGGCGCGAGCAGCCUUGCUAGCUCUGGUUCCGGUGACGGUUGAUGUAGAGGUGCCAUAUGACUUACACCGGUACAUCAUUGGGCAGAAAGGAAGCGGCAUCAGAAAAAUGAUGGAGGACUAUGAGGUGAACAUCUGGGUUCCUCAGCCGGAGCAGCAGUCAGACGUGAUAAAGGUAACAGGGCAGGAGGCCAGUGUGGAGAGAGCCAGGCAAGCCCUGCUGGACAGAGUCAGAGAGCUGCAGGCAGAGCAAGAGGACCGGGCCUUGCGGAGUUAUAAGGUGACCCUCUCGGUUGACCCUAAAUAUCACCCCAAAAUCAUUGGCCGCAAAGGAGCGGUCAUCUCCCAGAUUCGCAAAGACCAUGAUGUCAAUGUGCAGUUCCCUGAUAAGGGCGAUGAGCAACAGGAUGUAAUAGUAAUCUGGGGUUAUGAGCGGAAUGUAGAGGAAGCAAAGGCAGCUAUAGAGCAAAUGGUGGCAGCACUGCAGGAGAUGGUGAGUGAGGAUGUCCGGCUGGAUCACCGGGUCCAUGCACGCAUCAUCGGAGCACGUGGAAAAGCCAUCCGCAAACUAAUGGAAGAGUUCAAAGUUGAUAUAAGGUUUCCCCAGCCAGGCUCAGAAGAUCCAGACAAAGUGACAGUUACUGGUCUACCAGAGAACGUUGAUAAAGCCAUCGACCAUCUCCUCAACCUGGAGGAAGAAUAUAUGUUGACGGUGACUGAGACAGAAACGUUGGCUGCCUAUAUGAAGCCUCCGUCUCGGGUUGUGGGAGUGGGUGGAGGGGAUGAAGAGAGCAGAGGGCCGGCUAAAGGCUUUGUCGUGCGGGAUGCGCCCUGGAAUGUUGCAGGCAGCAAGGCCCCUGACAUGAGCAGUGCCGAGGACUUCCCUACAUUUGGAUCUGGAGUAGCACCAAAACAGACAUCUGCUUGGGGCCCCAAGAAAUUCUGAAAGAGUGAUGUAGCUUCUUCCCAGGAGUGAUCUUGUGCCCUUUUUACCCUUCUUUUUAGAUGCCAGGAGCAGUUUGAGCAGGUGUGAACUCACUUAAGCAGCACUUAUGUGCCCCUUCCAUUCUUUUGUUCUGGCCUUUGUUAAAGGAAUCUGAAAAGUCAAAAGGAGCAGUGAUCACUGUCCACUGGUCUAUUUUUCAAAAUGCAGUUUUAAGGAAGUCCAGUGGGGAAAUUCUAUGUGUAGUUUUUAUAUUUAUCAGAUUGUCCACCAUUUAUAAGCUCAAAAAUGUUUUUGAGUAGCUCCAAACUUCCAGAUAACUCCAGUGAUACGUAUCGGUACUACCAAAACAACUCUGAAUGCUUUUGGGUGUGUGAGUCGCAAGUCAAACCAAAAAGUCAGAGAGCCCAUAGUUCACUGUGUGGGAGUUUUUUUUCUUAGAAUGUUCUCCAUGGUUUUUACUGAAUUUUACUGAAGUCUGAGCCAGCUGAGCACAUCCCAACAGCUCCAAACCAGGUGCUUUUAGCUGCCAAUCUUUACUGUAAAGGAAAGGAUGCAUGUGUUUUACCAGAAACAACGUAGCGCUCCACAUAUUUUCAUUUGGAGAUUACCUGUUACAUAUAUUUAUCACCUGAUGGUUGUCUUUUUUAUACUUUUUAUUUAUUGAUCUUAUUUAUUUGCUAAUGUAUGUAUAUAUUUAUUUGUUUAUGCCCUUCCUCUUUAAUUCUGUGAUUGCCAAUUACUGAAGCACUUGGCACAAUGCUUACAUAUGACUUUUUAAUGAGGGGUGGGGUGGGUGAAAAGGGUCUUUCAUUGAACCACAAAAAGCUUAUGUGUAUGUCCUUUUUAAACGUCUGUUUUUAGCUCAUUUAAAUGGUAAUAUUUUGUGUAUGUAUGCUUUCUACUGAUUCACCAACAGGAAUUCAGUUGGUCAUUUGCUUUGUUUGUCCACUGUAGUUCCGAUUCCUCCACAGUAUCCCCUCAGAUUGUCCAUGGGAACUUAUUCACCAUGCAAACAAGCAAAAGCUGCUACUGCAAACAGCACAAAGCUGUAAAGACAUUGUGAGAUAAUGAAACAGUCAGAUGUUGCAAGCUCUUCAUGCAAGGCAUGCUGGUGUUGCAUUCUGUAUGCCCAGACCAUCCCCAACAUAAACCUUUUCCUGGUUGUCUCCUUAAUCAUGGGGGUGAGCUAAAGGUGAGCACAUGUGCUUUGAGCCACUUAACAUUCUACUAUACCCUAGUCAUGAUUUCAGAUCUAGGUGCCUCCAGUGUAGAGUUCAUAGCUUGAGGGCUAGUUUCUAAAUUUUAGGCAAUUCCCAUUUGUGAUUAUUGAAGUAAGUCUAAGUCUUUAGAGCUAAACAUAAUAGUGAAGUCUUGGCUAAAGAGUAAAUCCCACAAAAUCAUAAAGCAGGGAGAUUGUUGACCCUCUACGUUUUUAAAGAAAUACAAAAUCACUACCAUAAAGUCAGUGUGCGUUGCAGAGGAAUGUCCCUGGUCCCCAUUUGCUGUCUUCUGUGGCUGGUAUUUUACUGUUACUUGACUUUUACACACAGACACUGCUCUUACGGGGUUCUUUUCCUCAUCAGUUCUAGUUGGAGUCAUGGUGGACUUUUAAACUUCUGUGUGUGAAUGUGCUGUGUGUUUGUGCUCGUGCUUUGGAUGGGUGAACAACUGAUUUUGAACAACCGGAGACGGUAACACUAUCGGCCUUAAAGCAGUAAUUAUUAUAGGAUAUUUUGAACGAAGUUUGAUUAAGUUAAUAUGCAACACUGCAAUAACUUGUCAUAACAGAGGAUUUUCCUACUCCAAAUAAAGUAAUGUAAAAUGGAACGGUCUUGUUUGUUAUUUGCCAAUGCAAGACAGAUAAACAAGAAAUAUCUAAGUGAAAGCAAAUUUGCUAGGAUCACAGACAAUAAAUGAUAAUUUACUGUAAGAGCAACACAAUCUAUGCGAAAAAAAGAAAGAAGGGGAAAGAAAAUUCAAAAAACACUGGACAACAUUAGACCAGACAGAUUUCAUAUUAUUGUGCAUAACUGUCUCUUUUUUUGUAUUUUUAUUUUCUUACAAAUCAGGAAGAUAAUAUUAGUGUUAUGUAACAGCCUGUACAACAUAAAGAAAUAAAAAUAAAACAAACAUGAACAAAUAAUACAAAUCCAUGACUGAAAAAGCAGCAAAAGGGCCAAUAUGAACCCUGUGUAUUCACAUUUUGAUUUACAUAGCAAGCAUUCAUUCAGAUUCAGACACGGCCAUUGGCAACAUAGUGGGAUUGCUCAUGUAAAACAUACACUCAAGUAGUUCAUCUUGGCAACUAAACACAAAAAUCUCAGUUCCCAGAUAUGCCUUUGGAGAGAGUAAGCUCUCUAAUUUCAAUUCUAGAAACAAUCAAAACAUAAGCUAGACUCUGUCUUUAAGAGAGGGCUUCAAACUGUGCAAUCCUUGUCAAGAAAAUGAUGUUUGUAAUUCUGGAUGACAGUAAACAUCUGUUU